AUGUUGAAUAAAGGAUUCAAAGAACAGCUUUAUGAUAUCUAUAGAUAUCUUCCACCUGGCGCUCAGGUCGUUUUGCUAUCUGCCACACUACCUCAUGAGAUUCUUGAAAUGACCAGUAAAUUCAUGACUGACCCUAUCAGAAUCCUCGUAAAACGUGAUGAGUUGACAUUGGAAGGCAUCAAGCAGUUCUUUGUCGCAGUUGAUUGUGAAGAGUGGAAAUUCGAUACGCUCGUGGACCUUUACGACACGCUCACCAUCACUCAAGCAGUGUUGUUCUGCAAUACUCGUAGAAAGGUCGACUGGUUGGCUGAGAAGAUGAAGGAAGCGAACUUUACAGUGUCAUCUAUGCAUGGUGAUAUGGAACAGAAGGAGCGUGAACAGAUUAUGAAGGAAUUCCGAGCAGGAAACAGUCGAGUGUUGAUUUCGACUGAUGUGUGGGCACGAGGUCUUGAUGUUCCUCAGGUUUCCCUCGUUAUCAAUUAUGACCUCCCAAAUAAUCGUGAAUUGUACAUUCAUCGUAUUGGUCGCUCGGGUCGAUUCGGAAGAAAGGUUAGUGCGGUCAACGUUCGAUGA